GAACAAUCAUAAAACCAAAUUAUAAAUUACAUUUUUCUUCCGUAAUUUAGCUAUAAAAGACGAUGUCCAGCGACAUCCCUUUGUUCAUCGACUGUAGAGAACUUCUUGCUUAUAAGUCGAAUAUACCGGAAAUGUCACCCGUGUUUUAUUUCGCCUUUCUCGUCGGAGUUGGUUUCUUAGCAACGCGUGAUGUCACUUGCAUCACAAACAAGGACUUCCUCGAGUUGGCGAUUAAGCAUGGCGCUGAAGUUCAAUCUGAAGACUACUACGUAAAUGACGUCAUCCAGAAGGAUCGUGACGUUAUCUUUCUCCCGGGAGAUCAAGAUGAAGAGCUUGACGUCAAUGCCUUGAUUGGACAGUUGGGAAUCACCUUCUCCGAGGAUGGUUCCGUCAUCGACCUCGCAAAUCUACGUGGUGCAAGAUGUAAUUGCCGACACUACACCUGUAGUUGCUGCGCAUGGCUAAAUUUCAGAUUUUUCUGGAAGUCUGUAAAAUUCUCGGGAUGCAUCGGCCUCACCUACUUGCCCUCACAAAUUGGCUUCCGUCUGACUAUUGAAUUCAAUGGAAGAAUACUUUACACACACGAGAUGUCGCUUGUCAACCCACCAUUACCACUGUGCUUCCCAAUACCCAAAAUCAAGAUUGCCAAGGCCUGCGUCGAGUUCUACAACAUUAAUGCUGCACAGAAAAGUCUCUGUGUUAAAAUUGUCGGAAAAGUUAAACUCUGGAUAAUGAAAUUUAGCUUCGUCCAUGUCCAUAUCGGCUGUUUCCGUGUGCGGUCUCUUACCAGAGACCAAUUUGUUCAGUUGACGGAAAUUGCCAGCUCUCAGAACUUGACCUCUACACCCACAGGAAAUUGGCCAUCAAUGAUCGAUGACAAUCAUGAGGAGACGGAACUACAAGAGCUGAUCCGACUUCUACGAGGAUUGGACACAGAUUAUUAGAAAACACAUAUGAUAUCCCAAAGGACACACCUCCGAAUCCAUCUGUUUUCCCUAUGUUUCACAUUUUUUUCAAGUUAACGCAUUGUAAUUGCGUAACGACUUUAUUGUAGCUUAUGAAAUGCGUUUCGCUUUAUUCUGGAUAAUAAGUUAAAAAGGUGUUUUUGUUUGAACGCGUGUAUAAAAGCCGUAAAAAAUGUUGCGUUUCCUCUUGCCGAUCUAUUCUUAUUUGUAAACUUUCUUUUUGUAUUCCACUUUAAUCUUUCGAUCAUGCUUGCAACAUUCCAUGAUACUCGAAAAGUACAAUUUUGAAAUGAGAAAUAAUGUGUAAAUAGUAAAAAUGGUUUAACGAAAAAAAAUCGGCGGACUAAAGUACCCUGGAUUGGUAGACUCUAGUGAGAACUUACAUGUUAUUUUCCUAUCCUUACGUACAUAGACCAAUUUCCUGAAGCAUCUAAUUGAAUGUAUUUCUUAUAGACGACCUUUACACGUAGUUUAGAACACAAUCCCAAGGAAAUUACAUACCGUCCAAUGACUUUUUCGAGAAAUAACUUAGUAUGUUUUUCUUAUUUGAUGUCCCAAAAACUGACAGCAUUUCAGUUGCCAAAGUCCGGAAACUUCUUUAGUCUGUUCCAAUGUAUUUUCAUAAAUGAGUGCGCGCAGAAACAUCGACUUAAAAAAAGGUUAUUAAGCAAAUUUCCAAAAAUCGAACAUUUUGUCAGCUGUAUUCGUUUUACGAAUUGUAUAAGCACUGUCAGUUUAAGUGCGCAUGUUUUGCUUUUUAUCGUUUAUAAUGGGUGAACAAAAUGUAGUUAUGUCUUGUUGGAUAUAGUAUGUAGAUAUGUCUUGUUGGAUAUAGUAUGUGCAUGAUUUUUGAUAUUUCCUGACGUAAUAAUCUAUGUCACUGUGGGCAACACUGUUAAAUACUAUCUCUCUUACUGAUAUAUUUUCUUUUUCUAUAGUAAAGUGUUGCUACUUGGCCGGUGAAACUAACUUAAUACAAACUAGUUCUUCUAAGCAAGGAAACUUUAUUAUUUUAAGAAAAGGGUUGAAAAGCUUUAUUUGGACAUUAAAAUAAACAAUAAUUUAUUUUUCAUUUUUUGCAGCUUGAAUAAAAUUAUGUUUGAGUGUUUUCCUGUUCUCCAGAUCUUACAAUGAAUUAAGGUUACAAAUUCAGGUAAUGUUUGAAUUGUUAGCAUAAAUCUAAUAAACAUGUUUGAAAAGUUAUGCUAUUAAAAGCAUGUUGGAAGAUGCCAUACCAAUCAAUACAUUACCGAAUAAGUCACGUGGAAGAUGCCAUACCAAUCAAUACAUUACCGAAUAAGUCACGUGGAAGAUGCCAUACCAAUCAAUACAUUACCGAAUAAGAAGUGCUGGUGCAUGUAAAUUAUGCCUCUUCUCAAAAUCGUAUCAUCAUGUCAAUAUGUUGUACAUUGUUUUGAAUGCCGUGCCUGGUUUUGCAUAGUGUUAUUAUUUUACAAGAAACUGUGACAUGUGAAGACAACCUACAUUAAACUCUGCAUCAUCUUA